AUGAAGACCUCUAUGCUCUCCGUUCUCGCCUUCACCGCCACCAUGGUGUCCGCGACUGCUGUCCCUGCCCGCAAGGCCCAGCGUGACUUGACCACCAUCCCGACCAACGCUACCUUGGACUGCAUCGCUCCCAAGCUGUGCUGCGGAACCCUCACUACCCCCGUCGAUGGACUGGCCGAUGGCCUCCUCGCCCUGCUGGGUAUCAAUGGUGCCGAGGUCGUGGGUGAAGUUGGUCUGCUUUGCCACCCCUACGAUGACACUUGCAAGGAGGAGCCUUCUUGCUGCACUGAAGCUAAUGUCCUGAGCGGCGUCCUUGCUCUCGGCUGCAGCAAGGUUGACGUCUAA